UUUUCUCCCUUGCACCGAACAAAAGCCCCCAAGCUGUUGACAGCCCUCCCUUGAAAAAAACCGAAAAUCCCGGAUCUGCUCUGCUCCUUCCUUCCUUCCGUCGGCUGCUCUUGCUUGUAGGUGUGAUUUUUUCGGUUCUGGAAGUGAAGUCAAGGAUGGGGAAAAACGAGGGGAGUGACGAGUUAGAAGGCUAGCCAUCUUGUAAAUUGAACAUGGAUUUUAGAUAUAAAUCAUGAUCUUGUAAACAAGACUUUAUUUGGAGAUUUUAUGAUAUCAGAGCAAAUUUUAGAAUUUUAUCUUCAGAUUUUGUGGUAUGAUAAGUACCAAGCCUUGUGCAUUUGUGGGACUCUCUCACAAGUGUACGGUGUCUACCAUGUCCCCGGAUUUGGGUUCUGGGGUGUGACAGGCAACUUCAUCAAAAUUUUCAUGCAGCUGCCUAUUACUUGAAUCUUGCUUUUUUCUAUGAUAAGAGAAAUUUUCAACUAGAAAAGAAAAGUCAUGAAAGGUUUUAUGGAUGUUGUGGAUGCAAAAGUACCAUCUCGGAGGUUUAAAUUUUUGAAUGAGUGUGAGUUAUAUGACAAAAAAAUGGAAAGCUUUGGUCAUGAAAAUGCUCUUGAAUCCUCAAAAACUAUGAAACCCAAUAAGAUUUCAAAUUUUCAAGUUUUUUUUUUUUAAAGAUUGUAACACUUUUAUUUAAUUUUUCAUGAUAUUUAACUUUUUUAACACUUGUACAUGUUUUUUCUUUUUGUCUUUUCCAUAGAUGAGUGGUGGAAAUAUUUUGGAUAUAGUGCUCCAAAUCUUAAAAAAUUAGCAAUACAACUCUCGAGUCAAACAUCGUAUUCUUUAGGGUGUGAAAGAAAUUGGAGUGUAUUUAAAAGAAUACCCACCAAAAAGAGGAAUAGAUUGGAGCACCAAAGGUUGAAUGAUCUUGUCUAUGUGCAUUAUAAUUUGCACUUAAAAUAUAGGUAUUUUAUCUAGUCUAUAUAAUAAUUGUACCAUAUUAAUAAAGUUUCAUUCCUUAUUAUGCUAUAUUUUUGUUAUGGUAAUUUUAUUUUUAUCUUUAAUAAUAGGAAUGAUAACAAAAUGAAGACUUGCUUUGAUCCUAUUGAUUAUGAAAGCAAAGACAAUGUUAAGGAAUGGGUCAUGGAAGAAGAUGUUUCUCCAAUUUUUGAUUAUGAUGAAUUGGAAAAUAUGAUUUAUAAUGAUAAAAUAAUGCCAAUAUGUUAUACAACUCAAAAAGAAGGUUAGUGAAUAAUCAAAACUUCUCUUUAUAGUGUUUUUAUUUUAAAUUUAUUAUGUUAUUUUGUCAUUCUAUGAAUUAUCUUAUUGAUUAUGUGAGUUAGCUUCAAAUUUUGAUUUAUUUUGUUGAUUUUUAUUUAUUAUAUGUUUUUGCUUUUCAAUUUUUAAGGUGGCACACAUAAUAUUGAAGAAGAAGUGCAAGGUGAUGAAGAAGGAUUAUGCCAUAUUGGUAGUGGAGUGGAGGAAUUGACUUGGAGUCAAUUGGUGAAGAAAAUGAUGAUAGUUAUGAUAGUGAAAAUGAUUUUCAUGAAUGCGAUGCUUGGUUUAAUGAAGAUCCCCCUCAUUUAGGGGAUAAACAAUAAGCAAUUUUAAUUUAUGCAUCAUUUGCAAAUUAGUUUGAGUUUUUGGACUUAUUUUUCAUCUAUAUAUGUGUAAAACUUAUUAAUUUUGAGAUUUGUAAUUGUAUGAUGCUUUUUUUAAUCUAUUUAUUGAGUUUUUGAACUUAUUUUUCAUGUGUGUGUGUGUGUGUGUGUGUGUGUGUGUGUGUGUGUGUGUGUGUGUAAGUGUGUGUGUGUGUGUGUGUGUAAGACUUAUUCAUUUUGAGAUUUGCAGUUACAUGACACUUCUU